AUGUCAUCUCAAAAACAACUUCAUGACGCCAUUCCAAUAAUACCGAAGGAGUCUUUAUUCUCCUCUUUUUCUGGAGGCAAUAAUUUACAUUCCCCAGUUUCGGUUGACAAGAGAUUUCAACAAGAUUUGUCCAUGCUCGACCGUACAAGCCCCUUUUCGGCUUCUACAUCCAGAUUAUCUCCUCGAAGUGCAGCGCAUCAAAAUGUGCCCUUUUCUGUUCCUUCAACUAUUAAAGUCGUUAACCACCGAAGUGUGGAGCACGCAAUACCUUCGCUUUCGACACUGUCCGGAAAUGCCUUUGGUCAGACCCUUCUUUCUGAAAGUUACCACUUACGAUCAGGUGGUACAUCACAUAUCAACUCUGAGGCCGCCAGUUCAGGCAUUGAGGAAAAUAAACUGCGUGAAUUGGGAAGGAUGUUGUCUCUGAGUCUUAAAUUGAGUAAAAAACCUGACCUACCCUCGGUAAAUUUAAUACCGGUAUGUCUCAGUAGCCAAACCCCAGGCACAGACCCAGAAGGAGAGGGGUUAACCAUUUGUACAAAGAAUUGGUCACAAUAUACACCUUUGGAGUCCGAUCUACCAUCUGAUGAUGAAAAAAUUAAGCUUCAACCAUUAAUUUCCGUAGAAGAACCGCGUAGCGACACUGUUAGUAUGUUAUCCAUCCUUAGUUCACGUGUAAAAGCGAGUGACAAUCUUGGCAUCAUCAGUGCUCGUGGUGAGUUGAUCCAUUCGGGUCGCUGUGCGCCCUCAUUUGACAACUCUCAAAUAAAACCUAACAGUAAUUUAGACCAAAAACAUGCCACAAGUUCAGUGCGCCAGUGCGAGAGCAGCAUAGCGAGUCUUGAACGACCCACGUCUCUGCAUGGGAAAGGUCUGAUAGAGGAUAGCCCCCAUAUAGGUUUUGCAUUAGCGUCUAUAGCUUCCGCUAGAGUUCACAAGGAAAUAUCUAAUACACACGAGGGAAACGUUAGUGGCGACCAUUCUGUCCGUUUUAUGCAGCAGAAUCAGUCACCUCUUGGGCGGAAUCAAAGCUUUGAAUCUAGUCCAACUAAUGUUACUUUAAGUAGGGUCAUGCAGAACGAGGGGAUGCGUUCCUCAGCAAGUUUUGCCGAUACUUCCGAUAUACCGCACAGGAUAUCUUUUCAACGGGGUCGCAUGAUCGGUACUGGGGGAUUUGGAACGGUCUAUCAAGCCAUUCUCUACGAUGGCACACUUGCUGCUGUGAAAGAAAUCAAAAUAGAACCCACAAACCUAAAGUUAAUCGAUCGUGAGGUGACCGCAAUGAGCAGCUUGCCACCUCAUGCCAACUGUGUGCGUUAUCUCGGAUCACGGUACAGUCGCCACCACUACUAUAUUAUUAUGGAUUACAUCAGCGGCGGCAGCAUCGCCUCACUGCGGCAAUCCAUUGGUCCAUUUCGUGAAUCCGUCUUCCAGCGCUACGCCUACAUGGUGCUACUUGGUCUUCAUCACUUGCAUAGUCACAACAUCAUCCAUCGAGAUAUAAAAGGCGCGAACGUUCUCCUUGACGAGCAUGGGUGCGCCAAAAUUGUGGACUUUGGCUGUUGUAAGGACCUGAAUAACGGUAAAUCAACUUUAGGUGGAGGCGGCACGCCCUUGUGGAUGGCUUCCGAGGUGUGCCGUGGGGAGGGCGCAACAGAAAAGUCGGAUGUGUGGUCUUUUGGCUGUCUGUGCUUGGAGAUGACCAAUGAGACGGGGCUGCCCUGGAAUUUUUCACCAGGGAUAACGCUUCAAGGUUUGGCCUACGCCUUGGCGUGCGCUCAAAGACCACCCCCUAUCCCAACUACACUUUCCCCCAUCUCGCAGGAUUUCAUCGCAUGCUGCCUUCGACUGGACCCAGAGGAAAGGUGGAGUGUUUCACAGCUCCUCGAUCAUAACUUUUUUAAACAAGAUUGCAUCCUGCACGAUGAGGAAGAAGAUGAGUUUAUUGUCUCAUAUAACACAAGCACGCAGGCAUCGGUUGUCAAGCGCAUUGCUGAACAAGCCUAUAAAACUGAGCACAUGGGUGAUGCUAUUAGUGAGGCCAACAAGGGGCUUAUCGUGCCACCGACACAUCAUUCCCCUGCACAUGCAGAUGAGAGCUUCUCCAAUCCACUCAGUUCUCAUUUUUCCAAAGGCGUAUCCACCUGCACACACUCUCAAGUACAGACUUCGUUAGCAGCAGCAGACAAUCCUUUGGAUAACCCUGAAAAAAGUAAAGGAUGUGUUAACGGCAGUAGCAAGCCCGUCUGUUCAACCUGUAACCCCAUCAAAGAUAAUGACCAUCGACUACAAACCAUCAAUGCGGGGUUUAGGCUUGAUGUCGUGGACGAUAGUGAGGAUGGUAGUGAGGCUGUUAAACUGGACAUGUAUCAUAAAGCGCCGGAUAUGGGUAGAGAGAAAGGGACUUUUCCAUCUAAUGACAACGAAUCCUACCGUGCUGCUUUAGAUAACGUCAUUGAACCUACUCAGCGUGCCCGCACGGAGGAACGGCGGGCUUGCGAUGUGCCUUUCACGCCCACACUAUUAUCAACUGGAUCUUUCAGUGGAUCCAUGUAUCUGAACGCGAUUAACAUGUCAUGUUCUGAAAUGGCGAUCUACACUCCUUCCGAUACCAGCAAAACAACUCUACCGGACGGGUAUGUAAUGCAACAAAGGAAGUCUCAGGGCAUUAGAAAAGUUAGCAACAAGGAACCAAACAAAACGGUUUCCUCAAUACUAAAUGCAAAGGAUAGUAAAGCCGAAGAGACAAACUCGGUUGCACAAGACACAGGGACCAACUCUUUUCCCAAUAAUAUUUCCAUUAAAGUAGACAGCUCAGCAUCCACCUCAGAGAAACACAGUGAGAAGAAAAGAAGCUUGAAAAAUACUGUAAUCUCGUCGUCGCUCCAUGAUCCAGGUAACCUGAUACUGCACAAAAACAGUGAAUUAUACCUUGAGAAAGGAUACCACACCAACGAGACCAAAAAUAAGAAGGAUAAUACUGUGCUAUAUCAGCAGCAACAGGAUUAUACCAUAGCAACAUUAGUAUCAACACCAUUCGAAUCAUCUAAAGGGCAGUCCUUUUCGACUGAAAAUCAUGUCAGUGCCAAUUCGCUUCUUCAACAACAACCCCAUCUACAUACAACUCCAAAUCUCUCUCCCACUGGCAUCUCGCCAAUGUCAAAGCUUGUUUGGAGUACUCAUGGCAGCGGCAGCAUUUCAAAAGACGUAUCCGGAGUCGGACGGGAAGCCAGCUCCUCUGUGCGUCGUGGAAAGUCCUCGAAAACUAAAUCACCAGCUCUAUGCGAAAAUCAAUCGAUCAAUGGCGAAUUGGUAACCUUGUCAGUUCUUCAAACGGAAAAAAAACGGAGAAAAUUUCCUUUUAAGUGGUUUCGAAUCAAUUUUUAA